UUUUCGUGCCCAACAACAUCUGCCCCUCCUCAAGCACUGGGUAGGGUCCUGGGCCCAGUGAAAGGCAGUGAACAUACAUAGGUGUCACAGCACGCUAACCUAGCCUUGCCUAGCUCUCUGAAAGAAAGCCUGCGGCAGAAGGGAGAGCAGCGGCCCCAAGUGCAGCUGAAGCACUCCUUAGGAGUCAGCCGAGACCCUCCGUCCAAGCAGGGCCUGAUCCUUGCACUCGGCCAUGAUAAGGAGAGGCUUCCAGGUGAUGGCAAGACUUGGCCACCACAGAGGCCUUCUUGGGGCCCCCCGUGUCCUGCCCAGACUCAACCCUGCCUCAGCAUUUGGAUCCUCCACAGACUCUCCGGUCUCAAAAUUAUGCUCAGAGAAGACAGACUUGAAGGAUUAUGCCCUUCCCAAUGCUAGCUGGUGCUCGGACCUGCUGAGCCUGUACCAAGAAUUUCUGGAGAAAACCAAGUCUAGUGGCUGGGUCAAGUUGCCCUCCUACAAGUCCAACAGAGACCACAUGCAGGGAUUCAAGCUCCCGUCUGGACUGGAAGUUUCCUCGGGCAAAGGUGACUGGCGCAUCCUCACCAGGUGCAUCCAAGUGGAAGGUCAAGGCUAUGAGUAUGUCAUCUUUUUCCACCCACCCAAGAAGUCGGUCUUCCUUUUCCAACCAGGCCCCUACCUGGAGGGCCCCCCAGGGUUUGCCCAUGGCGCCCUGGCAGUCAUGAUGGACGAAGCCUUUUCUAAAAUUGCCUACCUGGCUGGACAGGGGCUGCUCACACAAAGCCUCAACAUCAGGUUCAAAAACUUGAUCCCCGUGGGCUCUCUGGUUGUAAUGGACAUAGAAGUGGAAAAGAUAGAAGACCAGAAGCUUUACAUGUCCUGCAUCGCCCAGAGCAGAGACCAGAAGACAGUCUAUGCCAAGUCCUCAGGUGUCUUCCUUCAGCUGCAGCAGGAAGAAGGGUCGUCGUCCCAGAAACAGUCACUGUGCCUGCAGGAAAAUCUCUCACUGCUUCUCCUGCCUGCCUGGGACACACCACAGAGCAGGGAGGGGUCCUCAAGAAGCAGUUGGUGAGGCAAGGGAAAGGGCUCUUUUUUUUUCUCUGAGUUAAUAAAGUCCCACAGCCCCAUUCU